AUGGCGAUUCACUGGAGACGGACGGACCUAAUUAAAAGUUUCAAGGAUCCGCUGUCACAUCUGACGGUGGAGCAGACAGGGAGAUGCGUGGCUAGGAAGAUGAUUCGGUCGGGCAACUUGACAACUCUGUUUCUUGCGACUGACACGAAUGAUGAGGAGGUGAACGAACUUGAGAAGAUCAUGCGUAUCUACAUUCCGAACCUGAGGCUGGUUCGGCAGCCGACAUUCCUGACAGGCGAGGACUGGGCGGCGGUGCUUGCUCAGGCCCAUUUCACCCACAUGUUCACUGUACAAGCUAUGCUUGAUAAGGUGAUAUGCGCUAUGGCAGAUGUGUUUUCAGGUACAGAUGCAUCGUCGUUCUCAUUGGAUAUUACCAGGAUUCGAGCAGGGCUUAGGUUUCAAGUAUGUGAUGAUACACCCAUUUGUCAGGGGCAAGCUCUUGUUGCAGACGAUGCUCGGACAACCGAGGGAGGAAAGAGCGAGGGUGGAGGGAAGGGCCCGGAAGGCACAAGCACGGAAGGAGGGAGUGGGGGAGUGCAAGCUGGUCAAGAAGGAAGCACUGUGACGGCGGGUGAAGUGGGUGCCACUAACCGACCCAUCAGAACCGACUGGGUGAAGCCAGUGAGUAAGGAGGAGAAGGAUGAGGCGGCCAGGCGGAAAGUAGCAGCAGGGGUGUGUGACAAGGCUCAGAACUAUGGCAAGCUGUAUGGGAUGGGACCUAUUGCUUGGGAGCCACAGCCUGGCAAAUACGUGCUCAUGGACUGCUACAGGAACCAGAUGAGCAACCGAGUGCGGUGCAUGAACAAGUACCUGCUAGCAGCAGGUUAUCUGAACCGCACGCUCGUCGUCCCUCUGCAUGCCGACGAGAUCAGCCGUAACUACGAGCGCCGCGCAUACUUCGAUCUCAACCACACACGCCGCUGCUACGGCCCUCGCACUGUCAUCUCACGGGAUGAGUUACUAGAGCUGGAAAAGGGCGCGGGGGGGAGCGAUACGCACAUGCCGAACUACACCAGCAUCGGCUUCUCGCCGAACCUGACGUGGACGUCCGGGGGAUUCCUGUCCAGCCAUGCGGUCAACAUCACCGAUUUCCGAUUGGUGGAUUCCAUGCUUCGGCCCGAGGCUCGGCUAAUCACGUUCGACGACCUAGGUUCGGCAAUUCUGGAUGCUUCCAUGCAAGCGAAUGGAUCACGAAUGAACAAUCUCGAGCUUCCGUUUAUUCGUUCCCCGGGCUGCCCGAACCCUCUGGCCAUCCAACCGCAUCCUGCGAUUUUAGAAGCUGCCGACGCGUUUGUGAGGACGAAAGUUUUGCAGGGGCUGCCCCGGGAAUGGGAAGUGAAAAAUGGCAGCAGCAACAGCAGCAGUGGUGAAGGCGAGGGUGGUAGAUUAGCGUUUGGACGGUACAUGGCGGUUCACUGGAGACGGACGGACCUGAUAAAAAACUACGCACAUCUGACGGUGGAGCAGACAGGAAGCUGUGUGGCGAGGAAGAUGAUUCGUUCGGGCAACUUGACGACUCUGUUCCUUGCUACCGACACAAACGACGAGGAGGUGAAGCAGCUGGAGCAAGUUAUCCGUGCCUCCAUCCCGAACCUGAGAUUGGUUCGGCAGCCGACGAGCCUGGCAGGCGAGGGCUGGGCGGCAGUGCUUGCUCAGGCCCAUUUCACCCACAUGACUACAGUACAAGCCGUACUCGAUAAGGCGAUAUGCGUUAUGGCGGAUGUGUUUCUGGGGACUGAUGCAUCGUCUUUUACAGCUGAUAUUAACAGGAUUAGAGCAGGGCUUCGGUAUCAAGAAUGCGACGAUACUUCCAUCUGUCAUGGGCUACCGGUGGUGGGAAACAGGUGA